GUCAUUUAUAUACCUUCGGAUCAUUUGCUUCAACAUAGCAGCAGGAUGCAGGAUUGCCUUGGAUCCAGGUCAAUUCAGAAUGUUGACAUCAUUGCUGAGAAGGCAAAGCUGCAAGUUGCAGAACUUUUGCCCAAGGCACAGACCCUGUAUUUUGCUAAGGGCUGCCUUUCAAAUGCAUCACAGAUGACAUUGGUUGAAGCUGACAACCACAUCUUGGAACAUGUUGUACAAGGAGGCAGUCUGGUGAUCCGCGGCGAGCCGUCGGACGCGGCCGUCAUCUGCACCGGCCAGCGGACGUACGAGGUGCGGGAGGCCGAGACGUCCAACGCGCUGCUGCUGCUGGACACGCUCAGCUGGCCGGAGGAGGUGGCCGCCGACCAGCCGCGACACGUCACCGACCGGCAGGUGCAGGGCACGUUCGGCACGUACCUGGAGCUGCGCGAGUGUCGCCACACGGUCCAGGCCAGCGACGCCGAGCUGGAGGCGGCGCUCCGGCAAUGCCACGCCCUGCUGAUGGACGGCCAGUACCGACAGCUGGAGUGCGAGUACGAGUUCCACGUGUUCAGCCUGGUCAUGAAGUUCAUCGACGAGAACUCGUGGUCGGCCGACGCGGUGCGGCGGCCGCCGACGCUGGAGACGCUCUCAGAGCUGGAGCCGGAGGCCGUGGUGACCGCCUGCUUCGACCGCUACCUGCGGCCCGUCACCGAGCCGGCGGAGCAAUACUGCUGUCGGCCCGGGGAACACUGUACCAGUGUCGUCAAACACGGUGCCGCCUGUCGCCGCCUGCCAGGUGAGCAGCUGUUCACACUCCACGAGGACGAGGUGGCCCGGCUGUUCGCCCGGCUGCUUCUGCACACCAUGAAGACGUUCAACCUGGCCGACUUCACCGCCUCCUGGCGGCAGAGCGUGCCCGAGGGAGUGACCACCGACCUGGAGCAGCUGCGGGGUCUGGCCGUGGUCAACAGAGAGGUCAGCCCCGAGCUAGUGGUGCGGCUGCAGGCGACCGACCUGCCGGAGGAGGCGGCCGGCCGCUUCCAGGCCCUGUUCGCGAUCAAACAGCUGUGGACCGGCGACGAGCUGCUGCCUUAUGUCGAGGACCUGACGUCGCCCACUCUGAAGCUGGGCUCGCUGCUGGCCAAGCACUGCCGCAUGACGGCGCGACGCGGCGUCAAGAUGUACGGCCCCAAGCACGGCCACUGA